AUGGUCUUGAUGUCGCACGCCCUUGGGCGAUCUAUUGAGGAUGUUACAAUGCUCACCGCAUAUCAACUGCUUGCGUGUGCUUGUUACGGACCAAUUGGCUCUGCCCUGGCCCAUAAAUACGGGAAACGGCCACAAUUCAUCUUCGCCUCCGUCAUGGGAUUUGUUGGAACCCUUGUCUGUUGCACCACCGGAGAUAACUAUGGCGUCCUGUUAGCUGGGCGGAUUAUCCAGGGCUUCGGCUCAGCGGUAUUUGAGAGUCUGACUGUUGCAGUUAUGGGUGAUAUGUUUUUCGUCCACGAACGAUCUCUCCGAACUGGUCUGCUAGUGAUGACAUGGACCUGCAUUAUAUCUUUAGUCUCGAUCCUAGGUGGCGUGAUAGCCGAGGGUCUUGGCUGGAGAUACGUGUUCAUCAUUCAUCUGCCCUUUACCGUUGUUGGACUGUUAUCGGUUUUCUUCUUCCUUCCCGAGACUCAAUGGAAGGGUUCCCGAAGCCAUAUUUCUUCUGAGGCGGCGGAUCAGGCGGAGGAUAAAGAGAUGGCAAGUGUCAGUCAUGGUCAUGAGGAAAAUUUGUCAGAAUCCUCGUUGCCGGAGGCGAAGAAGACAUUUAUGCAAGAAAUUGCGAUCUUCAGUGGAACUCACACAGACGCCAACCUUUUGCGGUUGGUUUUUGCUCCAUUUGCCGUGAUUAUAAACCCCGCAGUGAUCUGGUCAAUUGCCGUGGGUGGUGCGUGCAUUGGCUUCUACGUGGCUAUCUCCUACAUCCUUGCCCAAAUAUGGACACCUCCUCCAUACAAUCUGAAUGCCCAUCAAAAUGGUACUUUUUAUGUUGGUGCAUUGAUUGGAGGUACUUGGCCGACAACGAUUGGGAGCGGCAGUGACGCCUUCAGGGAAAAUUCCACCGAAAUCUUCAUCCUCUUGAUGACAGCCAAGAACUUCAUCUUCUAUGGGUUCUCUCAAGUUAUGAACACCUGGGCAGAGGAAAAGGACCCGAGUGACGUUUUGAGGACCUUUGGAAUUAUCACAAUGUGUCUCAUAGGUACAUCACCCGUGUUGUACAUAUUCGGCAAGGUCAAUCGCUCUUUCAUGCACAAGACUAGGUUAAUGAGGAGGUUGACAGGCGAGGAAGAUGUACUGCGGUCAAUUCCAUAA